GCUUGCCAAGCUCUCUCUCUCUCUCUCUCUCUCUCUCUCUCUCUUCUAACUAAUCAGUGCGGUGCAGUGGCUGCUGGCUUCGCGGAGGACAGAGGGAAAUAGAGGGGAGAAUACCGCUGCGCUUCGACCUAGGACAGCGCCACAACGAACGAACAUUGAGCACCACGGACAGCUCUCCGGCGCGGCAGAAGCUCCCAACGCGAAAGCGGCAUGCGGCAAGCGACGCGGUGCCACUCUGUCUAAAAACUGAAAGCUGCAUUUAAGACAUUACAAGCGGGUGGUUUGUGAACAAAAGUGAUCAACAUUGCUAUUUGCACAACGACUUUGCGUAGAUAUAAUCCAAUAACUAGGCUAAUUACACCGAGUUUGACCAAUGCUAUUUCCCAUUAUCUCCACUGCUUGGAAAACAUGCCAUGCAGAAAUGCUGUGCUUUGAUACAGGUGGUCUACUGCCUGACUACAGGAGCAUAAAGAUGUGUCUCUAAUCAUAUCUCUACUAAAAGAAGCAACCCUCCUUUUACUGAAACUAUAGGCUACAUAUCCUCUCCUCUCUGGACUAGAGCCCCCCCCCAUGCUUUAUACCGACGGCGUUGCGGCGGUGGGCGGGACACGCAGCAGUGACUGUACAUGAUUAGCUCCUGAAGGGCGCUGUCACCCACGAGCCCAAUCCGAACCGAGCGGUGCGGCCUCAGGCGGAGUUUGAGGAGACCCGCGGUUAGUUUUAGUUUGUGUUGGUUGGACCGAGAGGAGGAGGAGGAGGAGGAAGGCAAGAGGAGGAGGACGAGGAGGAGGAGGAGGCGACGGCUGUCAUUUUUUUCAUUUGUACCAACGGGCACGUUUCUCUGGAGCAAACCCAGGCGGGUGUUACAGUCCUACAGGCUCCAUCAGCAAGCGUCUUAUCGGACGGUCUGUCACCAUUGCGGUUGAACUUCGACAAUGAGAGAGAGCGAAGACGGCUGUUUUGUGGAUGAAAUUUGAUUAAUUCGUCUCGUUGUCAUUUUUGGGUGCUUAUUUAAAGCCAGUUCAACUUAAAUACCCGUGCUGCGUGCCUCUCCGCUGCAGAGAAUGCAUUAAAAAAAAUGAAUUUAUAUUAACGACUGCGUGUUUGGACGAGUUUCUGUAGCCUAUACUCUGGACAUCGAGGAGGAAGGGGAAAAGCAUGUCAGUGAGUCAACAGCUGGAGUCGAAAACACACGACGGAUAUCGGUCAACGUCCGCGCUCUCUCUUCAUAGCUGACGUAUGGGCUUUAUUAAUCCGUCCAUUCAUUCACUAAUUCAGCAGGAAGCCGAACAAGAAAGAAUAAACCCACUGUACCGCCUCACGUUUUGUCGCUGCUGUAAGAGAGCUUGUCGAGGAGGGACAUCCUUCACCGGUCAACAAAUCCAGCGGUGAGUGAAGACCAGGGAUGUUUUAGUAGAAACACUCCUCCCUUGACUUAUGCUGUGCGGUUACAUUAAUCAAGAAAACAAACUAACAAACCCCCUUUUUGUUGUUGUUUUAAAGAUGGAGUCCCCACAUGCGGACCUUGGCUGUUAAGGGUUAACAGAUUAAUAAAGGGAGCUGUUUUUGGAAAAUCAGAAGUUAAGAAAAGAGGAAGAAAGGAAGGAGGGAGAAGAAGAGGAGAGAUAGAGGGGAAACUGAGCAACAACAAAAAAAAAGAGAGGAGAGAGACGAGAAGAUCUGGUUACUGGCGGAGAAGGCGGCUCUAACGCAGCUCGCCCAGCCUAACCCUGGGACUAAUAAACGGAAGGAGAGGCAGAAUGUGUCAUCGCCGUUUCCCUUCGCUCUGACUGAGUGAGGGCAGUGUCGGGUAGUCGGGGACAACCGGUGGUCGUUAAACCUCCGGUGUGUGUGUGUGUGUGCGCGCGCGUGUAUAUGUAUGAGGGUGGUGGUGGUGGUAAAAACCGUUUUUUGAUGCGCGAGAAAGUGACGUGCCGCCCUCCCACCUUCCCGCCCUUUGCCACGAACCGCUUGUUAACUCAACGGACAAGACAGCCGAGUACUUUAUUUUUCGCUCCAUACUUAUAAAUACACCACCUUUAUCUAUAUUCCUAUUUAUUUUUUUGAGUGCCUGUCUGUUGAACCCUUCACUGACUCUCCAAAUCUCGCGGGAUAUAAAGGAAAUAAAAGGGUGAAUCUAAAAGAGAGGAGCAAAAGCGAUUAAGACAAACAGGAGCCGCCUAUAUGAAGAUGCUGAUGUGUGACCGCGGCGUCCAGAUGCUCGUGACGACGGUGGGCGCGUUCGCCGCCUUCAGCCUCAUGACCAUCGCCGUCGGUACCGACUACUGGCUGUACUCGCGCGGGGUCUGCCGCGUGAAGAGCAGCGGCGACAACGACACGAGCCGCAAGAACGAGGAGGUGAUGACGCACUCCGGCCUCUGGCGAACCUGCUGUCUGGAAGGAACGUUCAGAGGUGUGUGUAAGAAGAUUGAUCACUUCCCAGAGGAUGCGGACUAUGAAGCAGAUGCUGCUGAAUACCUCCUCCGUGCUGUGCGUGCCUCCAGUAUCUUCCCCAUCAUGAGUGUGGGUCUGCUGUUCCUGGGGGGGCUCUGUGUGGCGCCAGUGAGUUUUACGGAGCCGACAACAUGUCAUCUCAGUGCAGGAAUCUUCUGUCUCUGCAUUGGUCUAAGCAACAUCAUAGGAAUUAUUGUCUAUAUCUCAGCCAACUCGGGUGACCCUGGCCAGAGUGACAGUAAAAAGUCUUACUCCUAUGGCUGGUCCUUCUACUUUGGCGCCCUAUCCUUCAUCAUGGCAGAAAUGGUGGGUGUGCUGGCCGUGCACAUGUUCAUCGAGAAGCACCGCAAGCAACGGGCCAAGUCUCGCACCGAGCUCAUCAAAAAGUCCGCCUUCAGCCGCAUCCCCUCCUACCGCUACCGCUUCCGGCGUCGCUCCAGUGUGCGCUCUUCCGAGGCCCCGAGCCGUGACACCUCACCGCUGGGGAAAGGCGGCUACACAGGGCCCGCCGCCUCCGAGAUGCCCAUGUACACGCUGAACCCACGCGAGGCAGGCAACGCCGGCACCAAACCUGGCAGCGGCAUGGGCGGGCUGCUCAACUCAGAAAGGGAUUUCCUCCAGAGCAGCACGCUCACUAAAGACUACAGCAAGGACCCCAACCGCAGGACCACGCCUGUCUGAGAGGUGCCGGCUGCAGAUAUCGCCCAAUCAAAGUAUCAAAGAGAAUGAUGAUAAGAAAUACAGGGGGAGUGCAAGCAAAAGCAGGGGACACAUAGGGUUACGUGGGUGGGAUUGGGGUUUGAUAAACUUUGACUGUGAACUGUGAACUUUUAGCCUUUGAACUGUGAAUCCUGAGCCUUGUGAGCGUUUCAGUGUGUGUAGCAGCGUUGGUUUUGAUGGAGAAGUUGUUCCCAACUCCACUUUACCACAUAUCACUGUAGUUAUACCUGUAAAUCCUUACAUAUGAAGGCACAUUCGAUUUAUGUUCAUGAGUGUUAUGUUCAUAAAUUGACUUUUUGGGCUUUUUUGAGGGGGAAAUGGGAUUGACCCAAGUUUAAAAGCAUAUCGUAAGUGUUUUGCUGUUUGGGACAACUUCUUCUAAAAAAAAUGAAAAUAAUGUGAACUAAAGGAGAAGAGGAAAGAGUUGAGAGACUCUGCGUGAUCUCUGUCCUCCUAACCUUUUGGAUAGCAGUUGGAUUAGUGCAGGGUACAGCCGUCGAGCUCUCUGAUUACGAUGCUAUUUAAAAGUACGGACGUUAACGCCUCAGGAGAGGGAUUGAUUCAUUUUCAGUUCAGCUGGAUUCAAAAAUAUUAAUUGAAGAUGCAGUUUGUCCAUUUAUGGCAGCAUAUUUAUGGCACUAGUUAUUAUUUUCUAUACAUAUUGUAUAUAUACUCCUUUCAUAUUGAUUGAUGGAAAAGCUCACUUCGUAACUGACUGAACUGAAACUGAAUUGAGCUCGUUCCUGGUAACAUUUACCCCCAUCUCUCUGAUCCCAGGUCAGUCGUUAAACCUGCGUAGAGGUUUUUGAUGAAGAGAAACGGGUACACUGACUACAGAUCAGCUGUUUGGGAGGAAAAGAUGUGAUUCAACAAAAAUAAUGAAUCUCUUUUAGAUUGUUAUGAUACAUCAUUGGUGCUUCCUUUUACCCCUCUUUUCAACCACACAAAAUCUUGUCAUCUCUUGAUUUAUUUAUUUUUCACCCAAAACUGAAAGAGAUGAUCAAAUAUGUGUCUGUCUGUCCGCCUUCACUGGUCACCUUUCACCUUACACAUUUGUCUGUGUAGCCCCAUAACUCACCUCACUGCUACCCUCUCUACACACCUCCUCUCACCCUUUCUUUCUCUUUUAGGUCCUGUCUUCCGUUGGUGUUGCUCGUAGACUAGUUAGGGUUUUCUGGAGGUUGUUGGUUCAGGGUACUGUCGGAGGAGACCGCUGAGCUGUGAAUAUGUUUAAAGGCGGAGCCAAAAAGACAUUAAACAAACAGAUGGGCUUUUUUUUUGCCCACUACCUCUUGGGGAAUAUCAUACAGAUGAAUUUAAUAUAAAGUUGUCUUUUCUUGCCAGAAGAAUUGUCAAAGAUUUCAGCUGAAAAAUUAAAGACUGAGAAAAUGCUCCCUUCAGUUUAAAGUACACAUUUCUCUUCUCCAAUAGAGGAUCUGCUGAAAAUGAAUUUGUAUGUGGCGCACAAUUUAAAGCUAAAUAGAUGGAAUUGGCAGAAGUCCCAUGUAUUAUUCAGAGGAUUUGUGCUCCAUCCAUUCAGCUGUCACUCACAGCCUCUCCUCCUCUUUAUUUUCUUUACAUGUGCAAAUACAGUAGACAUCUGCACAAACACAAACACACACACACACACACACUCAAGCCAAUACACACGUCUCCUGGCUGUGUUAGCUGUCAGUCAUGGUCCUAUCAUAUUUCAAACACCUGUGCAGUUUUUACUGGGACAAAUUCUAGAGACACAUUAAUACAUUUACAUUUAUCUCUCUCUCUCUCUCUCUCUCUCUCCCUCCUUUGCUCUCUUUUGGACGUAUAAAAACAUUGAACACAAAGUGGGUGCACUCUGUGACCCUCUGCAUACUGUGUUGGCACCAUUUUGUACUGAAGCCAUGCAGUUAUUGGAUAAAUAAGACGUUUUUGACUGGGAUCUGAUCACUUCCCAACAUACUGGAAUACAUGUUUAAGAAACCUAACGGGAACACACUUUAGUUUUGCUUGUGAAAUUUUUUUUGCACACAGUCAGUUCUCCACUAGAUCUCCUAAUAACUGGUGAUCUGUCGCUACCUCUGUUCAAUCUAAAUGUUUGCAAAGAAUUAGCAGGCUGUUGCAACACAUACAAAGAUCCAAAAAUAAAUACUUUGCAACACUUUUGUAGUGUUUAUAGUGUUGUCUGAGUUCACAUUAAACCAUUUAUCACAUCACUGGACAACACCUGAUCACACACACACACAGAUACAAGGGUAGGAGACAAAAUAGCCAUAAUACAGAGAGAGUUAUGGAGGGAGAGCAUGAGUAGCUAGUGUAAAUGUUGACAGCUUUUUUUUCUCAAACCUUUGUAGGGGCUGUGAGUAAAAAGUGAGUGUGAACUCAAAGAGAAGGGGAAAAUGCAUUUUUAUUUUCUUCGUUACUUCCCUAAGCCACCAUUGCACUGUUUUGUAUAAACUAACCAUGAAACAUCACCAAGCUGAAACCGUCACACCACUACUUUGAGAGAUAUUACCCUGAUAAUAAAAUAUGUUUUAAAUCUCAGUCAAACUGUUUAAUUUAUGACGCUGCUCUUUUAUCCGUUGUCUUUUUACGCCAUAAAGGAGCUUAAAGGGACACACAUGCAUCACCGCAGACUUGCUCUUGCUGUCCUCCACGUGUAAAUAUUAAUUUUGCAAGCUAACAACAACAUUAACAGUUGUCAUGGGCUGCUAAAGGGAAAAACUGUUUUUCCCCAGCAAGGGCUUUUAAUUUUUAAAGGACAGGAGCACACAAGGGCUUUUUAAAUGCUCAGCGCUGCAGCAGCGUCAUUUUAAAGGGUGUUGUGUGGAAGGAAAGGCAAAGUACAUUUGCACAGGAACAACUGUUUUUUAACCAGCUGGAUAGCUAACUAACUGAUAUAACACGCUUCAUGCAGAAAGAGAAGCAGGGGAAGAGAAAUAGACUCUUCUACUCAUGUUAGUUACAGGUUAGCCUUUAGCUGCUUUUUCUGGCUAACUUUAGGUUAGAUGGGUAACUUUCUGAAGUAAUUAGAGAUUAAGAGUAUUGCCUUAAGCAGAGGUAGGAUGCUUUUGGUUAAGAAUUAUUUGAGUUAGUUUAAGGAUUAAACAUAUAUUAGCAAAAUAUUGUUAAUCAAACUUGGUGCCAAAUAUUACUCAAAAUGUUUCCUGUAUAUCAUGGUCUCCAGGUUAGCUUUAGAUUAUAGGUUCAGUGCUCCAAGUACUCUUUUUUUGCAUAGGGUUUCCUGCAGUAUACUCACUCAGCAGUAGUAGCUAUGUAGCUCAGCACAUCCGUGGCCCCUAUAGGGGUCAGAGUUUAGAACCGCAUCCAUGAGCCAUGUCAACAUUAAUAUUUCAAACCAUGCAUGCCAUAUCCAUCCGCUUCCAGUGCUUACAUUCGCUCUAUUUCUAAUCCAGUCUCAAAUGGCACCCUAAUCUCUGUACUCCGUAAGGGACACUGGACAGCUACAUUUAAGACGCCUUACAAGGGUGUGUGGGCCUGUAAGCCUGUGUCGUGUUUAACGAUGUUUACUCCAAUAGAGCACAGGGUGCUAUUUGAGACUAGACCUCUGUCUAUCUCUUCUUACCGCCAUAAAGCUUUGACACUCAGAUAUCAACAACAAAUAAUUGUAUUAUUAGUAAAGAAAAAAAAAUAUUCUACUCUAAAGGUGCCACUGUGCAGAGGAUGACAAACUCUGUCACAUAUUAUAGUUAUUAAUCUAUUAAUGGGGGGUUUCGUCGAGUCGGGAGCAGAGUUGGGAAGCAGGGGUUGUAGUCUUUGUAAUAUUAUAUUAUUCUUGUUUCAUUUUCUACUUUGAUGUGGUUUGUGAGAUUGUGUUGUUUUAUCACAUCUGAAGCCUCUGACGGGAGGAGAGGAAGAGACAAUGGAGCGCUCGGACGAUCUGUCGUGGACAUUAACCUCACCUCACUGGUGCCAGAGGUCAACUUUACAGUUUUUCAGCGGGACAUUCAACACUGAAAGUGCAAUACACAGACACACACACACACACACACACACACACACACACACAUAUGCAUUCAAAGUAAGGUUACUAUACCUUUGAGGACCCAUUCCCCCAACGCACUACAGACCUAAGUUCUGUUACUUGGAUACAAAAAAUAAAGCAAUCUAAUGUGUUCUAAGUAUCCACUUUGGUCAAGACUGACAGAGGCAACAUUAUAGAAACAGUUUACCAUGUAAGCCACUAUAAUACAACUCAACCCCAGCCUCAAAAAUACCGUAGAUUAGAACAACAGCCACUUCAACAGUGUCACCAAAACAACGACUUUAGAUUUCACAGCAGUGAUGUUUUUGCAGGACUGCCAUGAUAGAUUGUUUUUCAUUCUACAGGGGUUGCUUUUGCUGUUUGCACUCAUAUGUAUUCUUUAUCUAUUUAGAUGGUUAAAAAUGUUAGUACAUUUUAUCUUCUCCCCUUCCACUGUGGCUUUAAAAAGAAGUCAUCUGUCCUCGAAAUCUGUUGGUACUUUUAAAUUAAAGUUAAGAGUAACACAUAAAGGCAAUUAAAUGCUCCAAAGGAAGCCUGGAGCACACAUAUAUUGUGAAUAAAUAAUGAUAUCACCCAGGUUUCUCUUAGAAUAAAACAAAAAAUGUAAUACAAAUAUAGCAAAUUGAGAUAUUAAUAUGUUAAUUAAUUAUUAAUAUGCUCUGAGCAAUGGUCAUCCUUACCAAAUUGUAACUCUGACCUAACUUGCUUAAAAAACGGACCCUAAAAAAGAAAUGUGUGCACUGUAGGUCCUCAUAAGUAUAGAAACACAACACAUAGCAAUACACACACACACACUCAUUAAUGGUCAUAUACAUAUACACAGACAUUCAUUUAUGCACAGAUACACUCACUUAUACAACACACACUCGCAACUUCGGCCAGUGCAGUUUGUGGAUAAAUGUGUCCUGUUAAAAGAAAAAUCACUGUGUCAUGUUUGGAAAAAAAAUAAUUUUAAGUGUUUCUUUUGAAGAAAAAAAAAACAAAUGCCGCUGAUGUGUCGCUCUUCGAAGGAACUUCAAGUACUGAGCCAGCCAAUCAAACACAGAGGUCCAGAAGAAAUGUUUGAGAAAUGUGAAUUUAUUGGAAUAGACAAACACAUGCUAUAAGAACUCUACACUUUGCACUUGCAACCAACACACGCACACACACACACACACACACACACACACAGGUUACUGUGUGAGGAGGGCUUACAGGUGGAGUUAUGUGCCUGCAUGUUUGUGCGUUGAUAUCCAUGUGUGUGUGCGUGUACGUGUGCGUGUGCGUGUGCGCCGUUAGUCUCUCCUCACCCAUGCACCCAGUGCCUGCCUGUCCUGCCUUCAUACUGCUCCCAGAUCAGCCAUGGGGCUUCCAGUAUAACCUCCUCUGCAUUCCCACAACCUUUAACGGUUGCACUGGGAUCAGUUUUAGAGCUAACUGCCCCGAUCAUUCCUCAACAGACGCAGCCAUACAAAAUACAAGGACUGUUUUGGAGUCAGUGGUUUCUGGUGGAUAUUGUGUACAAAAUGUAUUAAUGAUGAGUUUAUUUUACAAGGCUAAGGAGGAGUGAUUUUUUUAAUUUCCAACGUCUGACUGGACUGUUAACUUUUACUUUUGAUGAAGCUGCUGUUCACAUCUGACUCGUUGUGUUGGUCUGUGAGGCUGAUUUAGGAUCGGCAGAUGGGGCUUAGCAGGAUAGACCCAAAUCUAUUGAGUCCCCAAUGACAGCUGGUCUUCAAUCAGCACAACCUGGUGUAGCCUGCUGUUCCUCAUGUUCUCAAACUUCACAAUUAUUAACUAAAAAAAAAGGGGGAAAUAGCUUGUCUUCAAUACUUGCUUGCAAAACAGUUGCUGAGGAUAUUUCUGUAGGAGUUCCUACAUCAGAGUGCUUCUUCUUUCAGAUGACGUGAGAGGUCGUCCAACUUGUACUGCCAAUUAGAAUUAAAUGUUCUUCAUGUGGGACAUUUUACAUAAAGACAGGUUUCCAAAAAUACUUCCCUUGACAAAAUCUCUGAUUCAAAUAGCAGAAACAAUUCCAUGAAUUAUUCUGGCCUUGGUGCCUAUUAAGCCCAUUUUUUUUUGUGUGCCAGGCUUUAGCCCUUUAGCUCGAGAGAUUUCGUACCUGUCUUGCAUUUUACACAUAUUAUUUUGACAGGAAGUACAGAGCGAUUAAAAUCUCAAACCCCGCGUUUAGACAGUGUUGUUUACAUGCAGAACAUGUCCGAGGCCGGCAUGGUUGACUGACCAAGGAUGAAAGGUCCGAAAUGGCAGGAAGUUUAACCAGGCUUCAAGAGUGUUGUUCUGCAUAAGGUGCAUUCAGGCUCCCUUUUUUCAUAAAUUGCUUGUGAGCAUUGGCAACAGUACACGUUAAAGGUUUCUUCUUCUUGUGUUUUGGGGUUAUAAGUGAAAUCAUGAGUUGAUAAUCUGAUUCUAGUUGACAUUAGUUUUUAUGGAUGUUUUCCAAAAGAGUCACUAUAGAUUUUCAGACCAAAUCCUACAAUGUAUAUAUAAUCUAUUGGAUCAUUAUUUAGAUUUUUUGAUGAGUCAAACUCUCAUCUGAGAAAGUCAAGCCCCAAAAAAACUACGUUGCCCAUCACCUUCCACUGAGCUACAUUGUAAUGGGUAGAGUCAGGCUACCAGGCAUAGAGACCGGCAUAAAAACACAGAACAAUCAAAAGUUUUGCAUUAUUACAGAGUGCUCAGACUGUAAGUGGUCUAGUCAGGCUAGCAGCAUAUAGCUGAUGGCAAUGUCGUUGUCAUUGACCACUUCGGUCCAGAAUGAAAUAUCCUGACAACUAUUUAAUGGGUUGUCACGGAAGUUGGUAGACCUACAGAUAUUCAUGGUGCCCAGAGGAUAAGUCCUGCUUACUUCGGUGACCCCCCUGACAUAUCCUCUAGGUUGACGUUUGCCGUUUUUAAGUGGAAUGUCUCGACAACUGUUGGAUGGAUUGCCAAGAAAUCCCUCAGGAUGAAUUGUAAUAACUUUGGUGAUCCCUAAAAUUUUUAUCUAGCGACAUCAUCAGGUCAAUUGUUUGUUUGUGACUUAAUACCAACAACACUAAGGACGUUCACAUCAGCCCCAGCUGCACCUUAGUGUUUAGUGCUACAAAACUGCUAAACGACUAAACAUCUAGCUUUGUCACUGUCCACAUGUUAGCAUGCUGAAGUUAGCAUUUAGCUCAAAGCACCACCGUGUAGUCUCACAGAGCCACUAGCCGGGCUUCAGACUCUUAGUCUUGUUAAUUAAAGUAGUUUAAGUGGUAAAUGAUUGUAACCUGACUUUGUCCAUUUCAACUUGACCUUAGUCAACUACUGUUAGAUAACAAAAUGCCAGACCACAAACUCAGGAGAAGAGACGGUGAAGUUAGUGACAUUUUUAUGUAUUUCUUAAUUGAUUCAAAUUUGCAUUUCAUUUUUGUCCGAGUGUACAGUGACAAUAAAUGGAGCAGUCUUUUCAAAGGAGCACUGCAAAAACAGCACACUGCAAAAUCAAAGCUGAAUACUUAAUUGAUAUCAUGUUUAUUAUAUGUGUAGCAAUGAACUGGAAAAGAAAUGUAGGGAGUGAAUCUUGCGGGCAUUGUAGCAGUUUGCCUUGAGGUGAAACUAUUCAGAUGGAGAUGAGGAGAGUGAAUAGCAGCCAGCCGUUACUCUGACUUAAGGGGUGACAUUGGGGAUCAUCAGUGUUGCCUGGCAGCAGUGAUGAAAGUAAAAAAACGAAAGCCUGAAGACAAAUGUGCAGCUGGAACCUGAAGCAGCAGAGAACAUCCCCCCC